CCCCUUUUUCUUUUGUGGGGUUUGGGCCUAAUAAAGUCUUUGAAACCCAAAAUGGAAUAGACAGACAAGAGGCCAUUCGAUGUUAUAGGUUGGCCUGAAUAGCAACGACGUCGUGUUUGAAAGCGAGAGGAAGUGACAGGAAGAAGGGAGAUGGCGGCGGCGGCGUCGUUCAGGUGGAUACUCCAACUCCACAAGGACGUUCCGAAGGCGGCUAAGUUCUACUCACAAGGGCUCGACUUCUCUGUAAAUAUCUGCACUCUUCGGUGGGCAGAGCUCCAAUCCGGUCCUCUCAAGCUUGCCCUUAUGCAAUCUCCCAGUGAUAAUGUGAAGCAGAAUGGAUACUCUUCACUUCUAUCAUUCACAGUGAACGACAUUAACGGUACAGUAACGAAAUUAAUGGCAUUAGGAGCUGAACUAGAUGGUUCCAUCAAAUAUGAAAUCCAUGGAAAGGUUGCUGCCAUGCGAUGCAUUGAUGGUCACAUGAUUGGCCUCUAUGAACCUGCAUAAAAUGCUCUAGAGACGAGUCCCUUCGGCGCAGUUGACCAACUCAGGGUUUAAGUCUUUCGAAUACAUAGAAAAGACAUGAGAAACUUUUCCUUUCUUUGGAUUCCCUUCAACUAUUGUAAGUGAUUUUUCAUCCAAAUCAAUGACAGCUGUGCAUAGUGUGUAAAGAGUUGGACCUGAAAAUAAUGCCAAUAGCUUGAGUUAGUAACCAUUGAAGAGAAGCAGCUCUACAUUUCCAUCUUUCAAUUUAUACCUGUCAUGUAGAUGGGGUACUUUGUGUCUUCUGUAUCUCCUAGAAUAGACAGAAAAUUGGUCUUUGAUCCUUGUGGUAGAAGAGCAGCUCUUCUUUGCCUGCUCAUUGAGUUUUCAUCGUGUACCUUUAUUGCAAAACAUUGUUUUCAGUUUCAAUGUAGUUGAAUUAAGUUAUAAAACUGAUUUAGAGUUCUGUGCUAAAUAAUAAGAUGUGAUAAUGUAUCUGAGUUUGUCA